UUGCAUGUCAUCUACCAGGGAGGGGCCUGGCUCCGUGUCCCUCCUUCCUCCGGCUGCUGGAAUGUGAAUACGGUGGCUGGGUGUCUGUAGCCUCCCAGGGACGACGACUCAGCCACCUGGACCACCAGCAGUGAUGAUGCAUGUAAGGCGUGAUGCUGGCAAUGACAACAAGGUAAGCCCAAGCUACAUCACUGGCUAAUUGGAUGAGCCCUCGAUGAGAUCAUCCAGUUGUGGACUGCUUGAGGACUGAGCUCAGGACCUACAAAUAGGACCCGCUCAAGGCUUGACGUGAUGGGCUUAGUUUUACCUGCUAUUCCGGAUAUCAUGUGCAGGGACCCCGCACACAGAGCCUUCAACGUGUUCAUGCUAAUUCCAUACCAAAAUAAUAAUAAUAAUAAUAAGACAAGAGGCAACAAUGUGUAUGUCGAUUUCACUACCCGGAUUUUGACGCUCAGAGCAGAGGCCAGCGUGGCGUCUGUUUCUUUCCAGGGUGGAAAGCCAGGGGUGCGGCGCCGGGCACGCCUCGCAGGCCUCCCUGGAACGUCCGGCCAAUGGGGCGGCGCGGGCCCGCGUGGGCGGUAUAAAUAGCCCCGUGGACGGUAUAAAUAGCCCGGAGGCCUCCUCGCUGGGAUUCCUGCCGCAGCCCAGCUGUCAGGCCCGGGGCUCAGGACACGCAGGACGGCCGCCAGGCACUGAGCGGGCCUCGCCGCCCACAUUCCUGUGCAGCCAUGUCGGCGCUGGAAGACGGCCGGCCAUUCGCUCAGCAGCUGUCCAACGUCUACUUCACCAUCCUCUCCCUGUUCUGCUUCAAGCUCUUUGUGAAGAUCAGCCUGGCCAUCCUCAGCCACUUCUACAUCGUCAAAGGCAACCGCAAGGAGGCGGCGCGCAUCGCGGCCGAGUUCUACGGCGCGGCCCCGGGACAAGGUUCCUGGGCAGACCGCUCACCUCUACACGAUGCGGCGAGUCAAGGCCGCCUCCUGGCUCUGCAGACACUCCUGUCACAGGGUUAUAACGUAAACGCGGUCACCAUAGACCAUGUCACCCCAUUGCACGAAGCCUGCCUCGGCGAUCAUGUGGCCUGUGCCCGGACUCUUCUGGAAGCUGGAGCCAAUGUCAAUGCAAUCACAAUAGAUGGCGUGACGCCGUUAUUCAACGCCUGCUCCCAGGGCAGCCCGUGCUGUGCAGAACUUCUGCUGGAGUAUGGAGCCAAGCCACAGCUGGAGUCCUGCCUGCCUUCCCCCACACACGAGGCCGCCAGCAAAGGUCACCAUGAAUGUCUACAGAUCCUGAUAUCCUGGGGCAUAGAUGUUGACCAAGACAUUCCUCACUUGGGAACUCCGCUGUAUGUAGCUUGUAUGUCACAGCAAUUCCACUGCAUCCGGAAGCUUCUUUACGCUGGCGCUGACGUGCAGAAAGGCAAAUACUGGGACACGCCACUCCACGCUGCUGCCCAGCAGUCCAACACGGAGAUUGUCCACCUGCUGCUGGAAUUCGGGGCGGAUAUCAACGCCAAGAACACGGAGCUGCUGCGGCCGGUGGACGUGGCCUCGUCCAGCAGCCUGGUGGAGAGAAUGCUGCUUCAGCACGAAGCCACGCCCAGCUCCCUCUGCCAGCUGUGCCGCCUCUGCAUCAGACGCCGCAUCGGACGGCCGCGCUUGCACCUCAUCCCACAGCUCCAGCUGCCCACGCUGCUGCAGAACUUCCUCCAGUACCGAUAGACAGUAAAAUUCGUCUCCGUGCUCAGACAAUGCAAAGCUCCACGUCAUCCGCACAGUGCAUAUUUCAUAUUAAAAUGUGCUAACGAGGGGGUAGAAGCGGGUAGGGCAACACCCAGGGAAGCAGGGAAGUAUGGAUUCUACCUUUAAGUGUACGAGUGGGUACUGUUGUUUUAGAUAGGCAUUGUUAUUGUUUUUGGACAUAGUAUAUUUUGAAUAUCUAUAUAUUAUUAUUCCCAGAGACCCUUUUGUUGGUUUAGGAAAAGAAAAGAGUUCUCCAUUUUAUGUUUUUUAGAGUGAAAAGGAAAUCUGUGAACUCUAAGCAAAAUUAUUCUUUAUAUGGCGUAUUUUAAAAGGUCUAUAGUCUUCAAGUAAUGCAUUCACCUUUCUAUUUUGGUCUGCAAUGAUUCUCUGUAUUUUUUUAUAUUCAGACAAACCAUGAGUAUGGUUUAGAAAACAGCAGGGAGCCCGGCUGCUGUCACUCAGUGGUUGAGCAUCGACCCAGGAACCAAGUAGUUGCUGGUUCGAUUCCCA